GGGAGUGAGGGAAGCGCCGGGAGAGCCCCGGGAGAGCCACGGGAACGGCCCCGGGAACGGCCACGGGAAUGGCGUCGGGAAUGGCCUCGGGAAUGGCGUCGGGAACGGCCCCGGGAACGGCCUCGGGAAUGGCCGCGGGAACGGCCCCGGGAACGGCCUCGGGAAUGGCCGCGGGCAGCGGGGACGGAGAGGCCACACUGAAGCGGUGCCUCGGUGUGCUCCGGGAGGCGAGGGACGACAGCGAGCAGUUCGCAGCUCUGCUGCUGGUGACCAAAGCUGUCAAAGCUGGAGAAUUAGACGCCAAGACCCGUCGCCAGAUCUUCGAUGCAAUUGGAUUCACGUUUCCCAAUCGGCUGCUGAGCUCCAGGCAGCCCCCGGCCGGGUGCCCCCCCCACACCUUCCGGGCAUUGGGACUGACACUCCUGGCCUGUUUCUGCACCGAUCCAGAGCUAGCUGGGCACUCCCAGAUCCUGAACAAAAUCCCAACCUUCAAUGACAUCCUGGUUUCCCCUGGCAAUCCUGAAUCCAUGGUGGAUGAUGCAUACCAGUGCCUGAGUGCUGUCCUGGCCACCACCAGAGGCCCCAGAGAACUGGUGACCAAAGGGACUGUGCCUGCCCUCUGCCAGGCUUACAUCAGCCAUGGCUCUGACCGUGCCUUGACACUGCUGCUGGGGCUGUUGGCCCUGGCAGAGGCAAGGUGCUGGCAGAGAGAUGCUCCACACCUCCUGGCCCUGCUCAGCAAGCUCUCGGGUGAUUUCCUCAAGGCUGAAGACAUGACCAAAUUUGAGCUGUGUGAAGUUCUGCCUCGCUUCAUCCCCCUGUCACCACCACUCACACAGGACUCUCAGGGCUCUGAGUGCCUCCACAGGCUUUACAGAGGCUUGGCUGACAUCUUGGGCAGUAAACUCAGCCACAGGCAGCGGGACCCUGCUCUGAAGCUUGCUGCCUGCCUUGUGCAGGCCUGUGGGGCAGAGUGGAUCCCAGCAGGGAGUGCUGGGAGCAAGUUUUUGGCUUUGCUGGUGAACUUAGCUUGUGUGGAGGUUCGCCUGACCUUGGAGGAGCCAGAUCCCUUGGAUGUGGAAGGGAAAAAAGAAGUGGUAACAGCCUGCUAUGUCCUUAUUGAGAUGGGGAUCCAGGAGUGCCUGAAAGAAGAGAAGCCUCUUCUAGAAGAGGAGCAGAAAAUGCAGCUCAUGAGGAUUAUGGAGGAGGCUUUUGGAGCUGUGAUAUUCUACUUGAGACAGGUUAAACAGGAGGAGCUACAAGAUCCUUUCAUAUUUGCUUCUGUUCGAAUCCUUGGAGCCUGGAUGGCAGAGGAGACAUCCUCCCUCAAGCAGGAGAUCUGUGAGCUCUUGCCUUUCCUUGUUCAUUAUUCCAAGAAGCUUUUUGAGGAGGGCAGCCCAGCUGCAGGACUGCCUCAGCCACAGCUGCUCAGCCCCGAGGGCUCUGCCUUACCCCGGGAUGCUCUGAGAUUGCUGCUCCCUGGCUUUUGCCACCUAACAGCAGAGGACAAGCCCCGGGACAUCCUCAUCUCAGCAGGGGCCCCAGCACUGCUGUGUGAGUACUUCCUCCAUCAGUGGGAUGUGCUGACCACCGAGUCCAAGUCCCUGUCUCCUCUGACCAGCACUGAGAUGAGUUUGCAGACUUUGUGUGGGAUUUUCCUCAACCUUGUUGUGACUGCCCCAGACCUCAUCAGGCAAGACGAAACCUUUUCCUCCCUGAUGGACGUGUUGCUGAAGUCUCUUCCACUACUGCUGCCCCAGAAAGAUCACCUGGUCCUGGCAGCAAACUUUGCUACUCUGGGCCUGAUGAUGGCCAGGAUCCUCAUGAGCUCAGCAGUUCUCCAGGGGACACCGCCGGCCAAGGAGUUCUUCAGCGCCGCCAUCCUCUUCCUCUCACAAGCCCACACCACCCAGGCAGACCCCGGCCAGGAGGGUUUGGUUGCAGCCCUGUCACCUGCCUACGUGGGUGCCUGGCCUGACGUGGGUGAGCUCUGGUUCCUGGGAAUGCAGGCUCUGGCUGCCUGUAUCCCACUGCUUCCCUGGCUGCCUGGAGCCGUGCUGCAGGCGCGGUGGCUGCAGAGCCUCUCAGAGCUGCUGAGCCGUGUCGCCCCGGCCUCGCUGGAUUUUGAGCUCAUUGCUGCUUUCCAGGGGGUGUUGGUGGAGCUGGCCAGAGCCAGCAAGCCCUGCAGGGACCUGAUCCUGUCACACCAUGGCAUGGAGUGGGCCAACCUCUACGGUAUGGCAGCUUUGGAACAGUGUUUGUCUGAGCAGUGAGGACCGGGAGCACCCCUGGGCUGGGAAAUGAAGCCAGACACCUGGACAAGAUCUGUUCCAUGUUUUUCCUGCAUCCUUUGCUGCCAGAUGGGGACAAAAAAAAACCCCAAAACAACAUAUAAAUGACCAAACUUUAUAAAACUGGAGUGGUGCAGCAGAACUCAGCAGGAUUUGCACUCUCCACAACCUGACGUGAAGAGCUUCCUCAGAUUCACUUCAACAUGCACCUGAUUCACCUUCUGUCAGUAUUUCCUUUUCAAAACACAUUAAAGAUGUUUUCUGUUGCUUUGUUUUUAAAAC